AUCAAAAUGGCGACGGAAGCUCUUCGGGCAGAAAAUCCCGACUCUAUGGAGGCUUUAACGCGUGAAGCUGAAACACUCAAAGCUAAAUUAGAAGAUGAGAAGGCCAAACUAAAUGAUGUUGACAUGUGUGUACUGGGACAGCGCUUAGCCAACCUUCCUCCAUUCAACAUCAAGACCCGCCGAGCACUGAAAGGUCACCAGGGCAAGGUGCUGUGUAUGGACUGGUCAUCAGACAAACGCCACAUUGUCAGCUCCUCACAGGAUGGAAAGAUGCUUGUGUGGGACGCCUUCACCACGAACAAAGAGCAUGCAGUUACCAUGCCAACCACCUGGGUGAUGGCUUGUUCCUAUGGUCCAUCAGGAUCUGUUGUAGCAUGUGGUGGUCUCGACAACAAGUGCACCGUGUACCCUCUGAGUCUGGAGGAAGACCCAGCAACUAAGAAGAAGGCUGUGGCCACUCACACCAGCUAUCUCUCGUGCUGCUCCUUCACAUGUUCAGACUACCAGAUUCUGACAGGCAGUGGGGACAGUACGUGCGCCCUGUGGGAUGUGGAGAGCAGCACACUCAUCCAGAGUUUCCACGGCCAUCUGGGGGAUGUCAUGAGUAUUGAUCUGUCCCCAACAGAGACAGGCAACAUAUUUGUAUCUGGGGGGUGUGACAAGGUUGCUGUUUUGUUGAUGAGAGAAAUGCAAUAUUGA